UUUGUUUUCAAAGCUUUGGAAAAUCAAACCGUUUGACAAAUGCUGUCAGGAAAUUUCCCACAAACAAACAGGAGUUUAACAACAAAGCUUUGAACUCGAAAGGGGUACAGCCAGAGCUAAACAAAGAGAUGGCUGAGCAAGUAAAAGUACUCCCGAAUUGCGUUCAUGCAGAUAAUCCCUUCCACGAAUGUAGUCAAUCUUGCCUCAAAAAGAUUGCCGAAGGCCAGACACGCAAGGAGAAAAAGAAAUCAAAUGAUGGCAAUGGAGUAAUAAGAACACACCCAGCUUGCCCUAAGGCAUCCAAUCCUUACCAUGAAUGUGGUGAAUUAUGCCCCAAAAGAGUUGCCGGAGCUGAGGUGCGGAGGGAUAAGAACGAAUCAGACUCCCUCAUCCUUGAUGUGUCCAAAAGUUUUGGCAGGAAAAAGAAGGAAGUUUCCCGGCCAAAUUCCCCUCAGGUGCCUGACAAUUUAAUUCUUCGAAACACAGUCGACCCUUAUAAAUACGCUUCUAAGAAAAAGGUGGAAGCAGAAAAUGGAAAGGAUGUUCCUCAUUCUCAGCGACAUGCUAAAGCAACUCAUGCCCAAGAUCCUUCUUUCAACAAGGAGCAAGUCCAAUCCAUUCAGUCAGUGCCUGCAUCUGGAUAUCUCUCAGUGCCGGACCUUUUCAAAUUCAAAGACCCUUCAAAGGAAAAUGGUACCCGCAUUUCAAAAGAAACACCAAAUGAUGAAGAUGAUGAUGAAAAGCUCCAUGCUCCACCUCACAGUGUUCCUAAUCCUAUUAUCAGUAACAUGGGAGAUGAAGAUGAUGAUGAAAAGCUCCAUGCUCCAUCUUACAGUGUUCCUAAUCCUAUUAUCAGUAACGUGGGAGAAUGUGGUGCUGCUUCAGCUACCGGUCCUGCUUCUCUGUCCGUAAGCUUUAGUUUCUCUGGUAUUGCUGAUGCUUUAGAAGGCAGCGACGAUGAAGAGGCCCACUCUGUAAUUUCUGAUUCUUGCGUGUCUGUUGGAAAGUAUCAUGUAAAAGAAAGCCUUGCUUCCAUUCUGCAGUCUAUCUUUGACAAGUAUGGAGACAUAGCAGCAAGUUGUCACUUAGAAUCAAAUGCCAUACGCUCUUAUUAUCUAGAGUGUGUGUGCACUGUGGUUAAGGAGUUACAAUCCAUUUCAGUUAUGCAGCUGACAAAGUCCAAAGUGAAAGAACUAUCAGCUAUUCUUAAGGAUGUAGAAACUUCUCAAAUUGAUAUCAGUUGGCUGCAAGGCAUAAUCAAUGAUAUUACAGUAGAUGUUGAGCUCAUUAAUCAUCAUCGAUCCAUUGAGGUGGCAAAGGCCGACUGUGAUCAUGAUAUAAAAUCAACAAGAGAAGAACUAGAAUCGCUACUGGAACAAGUAGCUGAUACCAGAGCUCGAUUGAGUGAGCUUGAGCUCAAAUCUUCACAAUUAAAUGAGACUAUGUUGUCUAUCAAGUCCAAGACUGAAAAUUUUCAGGGCAGAUCCUUGUUAAGUGAAUUGUAGCAGUCUAUAGUCAUUUUAUUUUCUCAUGGUGUACAAGUGAAGCAAUAGAACACCAAAAAAUAGGUGAUUAUAUUUUAGCUUGUUGAACAAGCAAUGUGAAAUAAUAGGAUUUGAGGCUGUACUUUAUUUGCUCAAUAAGAUUUAGUCUCAUAAUGCAGUCCAUCCUUAUU